AUGAUUGAAGAAGCUAGCAGAAAUGCGAUCGUCGCCUACGAGAGGAAGACUGGUACUCUGGUGGAAAGGGAAACUACGAAGAAGAGGUUAUUUAAAGACCUAGAACAUGUGUCUGAGGGAACUAGUAAGAAGGUAACAGUCCCCAAGUACCAUGCCCCCUCAGAAGUCGGGUCUAGCAGUCGGGAUCGAAGUCACCAAAGGGGCCUAGCUAUUUCGAGGGUUGAGGUGGACAACGUGAGCAAACAAAUAGCCACGCUAGGGAAACAAAUCGAUGAACUCAAGAAGCGUGGGGAAAUAGUUUUCCAUAACCGAAACUCUCCUUUUUGUAACAAAAUACUUACGGAGAAGGUCAACCCAAGCUUCAGGAUGCCCGAUCUCCCGAAGUAUGAUGGAACCAGAGACCCACAUGAGCACCUGGCCGCUUUUGAUAUGGUAAUGAACCUUUACGGGCAACCUAGCCCUAUUACAGCUAAAUUGUUUGCUACUACUUUAACAGGGAAGGCUCAGGAAUGGUUCACGAGUUUGCAUCCGGGGAGUAUAGAAUCGCACGAGCAACUUGUGCAAAAAUUCACAUUCCAUUUCGCAAGUAAGAGGAAGCAAAAGCGAUCUGCCACACAUCUCUUCACUAUACGACAAAGAGAGAAUGAAACAUUGAAGAGUUUUAUGGGGCGCUUCAACAACGAGACGUUGGAGGUACAAGACCUCCGUAUCGACAUGAUGAUCAGCAUUCUUAUUCAUGGAUUGAAAAAAGGAUUCUUCGCAUCCGCUUUAGCUCGAGACCCUCCAACAGACGUAGAGCAGCUCAUGGCGAUGGCACAAAAGUACAUAGAUGAAGAAGAAAUGAACGUCAUGAAGGAUGAAGAGUGGAGGUAUAACAUGGAUCGAGGUCGAGAUCGGGAUCGAAAGGAUAGAGAAAAGGAACCACGAGCAAGAGUCGAGAGAGCUCGAGAACCCCCAUAUCAACCUAAGUACACCUAA